AUGCCCGAACAUGUGACUCCCUCCCUGGGACCCUUGCAUGCAGUGGGAGUACUACAGACCCAUGAAGGAGAUGCUGUGGUAGUGGAUAGAGCCCGCCUGGUGGGCGAGGAAUGGAAGCUUAUCAGGCACGGAGUCCUUUCUGGUGCCUCUCCAGCCCAGUGUGACGCUGGUUCUAGACAGAAAUCCACAAACCUCUCCUGGUCUGGGCCCAUAGGCACCUUUGCAGUUGGCUUCUGGCCUCAGACAUCCCCUUCUUUCCCCAGAGGCUGCCCAAGGUCCUUGGGUGCAGUCCUCUACCACCCACCUGGAGGCUUGGGCAAGAAGCAGCCCUGCUCCAGCACUGACACUGCCCCUCUAUCCCAUGGGGAUGGGGGAUCCCGGGGUUCAACCCUGCCUCCAGCCCCUGCUGACUGCAGGAACCCAAGCAAGCCCUUUCUAUCUUCUGGGUCUCAGUUUCCACAUCUAUAA